CCAACUCAUUUAUCUAAGCUCGUGAGAUUAAGUUUUAUUUUUGCAAGCAAAAUAACAAUGGUUGUUCUCAAGGAGAACUCUGAUGAAUUAAGAUGUAAAUACGAUCGUCAGACUGUCAGUUAUGCUGAUCUAACAGAAAGAUACAAAAAAGAGGGUGACAGUUACAUGAAACAGUUUGCAAGUUUAUACGUCAAAAGGCUUGAUGAGUUAUCAUCAGUUCUCAAGCAAAAAGUCAGAGAAAAAUGGGGAUCAAAUGUCGACUUGAUUCCAUUAUCAGAACUGGAAAAUCAAAAUGGAAAACGUUGCGUUAUCAUUGGCACUCUGUACAAGCAUCAGACAAACAAGCCAUCAAUUUUACAAGAGCUAAGCGAAGAACACCAAAUGACUGCACCAGCUCCAAAAGUGCACUAUUGUUUGGAAGAGGAUCAAUUGUUUUUGGAAGAUCAAACAUCUCGUAUCAAGCUGACAGGAGACAAAGUUGAUGUCAAAGAGUCAGUCACUGGUGUUGUUUGCGCUGUUAUUGGAGCAGAAAAUAAAAAGAGCACUUUUGAAGUGGAAGAUUGGUGUUUUCCAGGUUGUCUUCCUCAGAAAGAAAUAUCCUCGAAGCCUGUUGGAAAGCUUGUUAUUCUAUCAGGCUUGGAACUUGCAACAAACCCACCGGAUCUUUCACUGAGUUUGCUAGUAGAGUGGAUCAGUGGCUUGGCAGGUACCACAGAGUACCAAAAAAAUGAAGCAUUCAUUGUUCGUGUUGUGAUAGCAGGCAACAGUAUAAAAGCUUGUGCCGAUCAGCAUUUGAGCAAAGGACUUUUGAGUGGAAGAGCUGAAGAUGCAGCAAAUGCCAACAACAUGUCUGAAGGCAAAGAGAGACUAGAUACACUUUUGGAGACGCUUGGCAGCAACUGCUAUGUUACCAUUUUACCAGGACAAUUUGAUGUCACUACUCUUAUGAUGCCUCAGAAUGCUAUGCACCCAGGAUCGUUUCCUAAAGCUAGAAGAUUUAAAAGCAUAAAUGGGGUGACGAAUCCAUGGAUAGGAACAAUAUCUGAUAGAAUAGUUGUUGGCACAGCUGGACUACCCAUUCAGGAUAUCCAAAAAGUUUGUGGACUUUCAACUGUUGAGCCGAUCGAGUGGCUUCAGAGAUCAGUUGAAUGGAGACACCUGUGCCCAACUGCACCAGACACCAUCCCAUGUAUACCAUUUUGUAAAAGUGAUCCGUUUAUUUUAAGAGAAUGUCCUGAUAUUUAUUUUGCUGGAAAUAUGGAAAAAUACGAUACUAGGUUAUACCAAGGUAAUGAAGGUCAAAAAAUUCGCCUUAUUUGCGUUCCAAAGUUUGCAAAUGAUAAAACCGCAGUGCUCGUUGACUUAGAAACUUUAGAUGCCACGCCAAUAUCAUUUGGAUCAGAAUGAAGUACUGUAACUGUUUUAUUGUAAAAAUUACGUAUCUUCAAGGUUUUGUACACGUCUUUUAAAUUUUUUUGUAAUACGUUUGUAAUAAAAGAAUCGUCGAUUUUCAUAAAA